GUCUUUGAGAGCAGUCAGGGCUCAGAGCACAAGGACACAGGUCAGUGAAGAUGACUCUGUCCCAGGCUGAUCGUCUGCUGGUCCUCGCGCUCUGGAAGAAGAUGGGCAGCAAUGUCGGAAUCUACGCGACCGAGGCCUUGGAGAGGACCUUCGUGGCUUUCCCCUCCACCAAAACCUACUUCCCACACUUGGACCUGAAGCCAGGCUCUAGCCAGGUUAAAGCCCAUGCCCAAAAAGUGGCCGAUGCUCUGAGUCUCGCUGCCCACCACCUGGACGACCUGCCUGGUUCUCUGUCUGCUCUCAGCGAUCUACAUGCGCACAAGCUCCGCGUGGACCCUGCUAACUUUCAGUUCUUCAGCCACUGUCUGUUGGUGACUCUUGCCCGGCACUAUCCUGGCGACUUCAGCUGUGAGAUGCAUGCCUCCUUGGACAAAUUUCUGGGUCACGUGACUUCGGCACUGGUCUCCAAGUAUCGCUGAACUGAGGAUGCACAGUAGUGGAGUCUCCAGCCAUGUCCAUCCUCAAGCUCACAGUGUUUGAGUAAACCUCCCCAGGGCCCUUAUUGCUGUCUUCUAUACAGAGGCGCACAGGAGAAAUAUACACCCAGUAUCCCAAAACAAGGUUCCAAGAAACUGGAAUUACAGAUAAGCUGGUGUCACAGACCUCAUUUCAGAGGCAACUAUCCCUUGGUCUUUUUUUGCUUUCUUUUAUUUUUUCUUUGAGAUAAAUUUUCUGUUCUCGUGU